AUGUCUACUUUCGUAAAGAAUCCGGUCAGGGAUAGUUUCGAGAGGCUAAUGAGCCAAUGGCGUUCGGAACGAGCCCAAACAGGAUUCAGUCCCGUGCAAAUAUUAACAAGUCUUGCAGAACUAUUUGAGGAACAAACGAACAUUUACUACCACACCGAUCCAGAUCCACUGGAUGAUAAACAAGUGCUUCGUAAAUCGAAUAACUCUGAUUUGAGUACUAUUCUGCAUCUUAUUUCUGGACAUGAUAGCUUCAUAAAUCGCCUGACUCAGUACCUCAUAUCUAACGAAAAUCCUUCCGAUCCUACAGUUCGUGCUGCUGCAAGGUUAUUUUGCUGUAUUCAGCCUGGUGUUUCUUUGUCUGUCACAAUCUCUGAAACAGAUCCCACAUUAGUUUCUCUCUACGGAUUGGCUUUAAGUGACGUGGAGCCAACUAAUUGCUAUGCCCUCCAGCUUCUUAGUACUUUGCUAGAUAACUCUGAGUUAUUGUAUGUUACUAAGGAACGUAACGUUGAAUUAGUUUCUGUGGUAUUAAAAAGACUCACAAUCUACUCUGAAGCUCUUGAUAAGGAAAUGAUCGAGCGUCCUACUGGAAUAGACGAUACGGACUUUAGAAGGAGAUUGGGAUAUGUAUGCCUGGAGCCGCUUUCUACGGAAGGAAAGAUUCGUAUUUGCAUGAUGUACCUCACCUCUCUCGCUGAGUACCAAGAUAUUAUGCCUUAUAUGUAUGAUGGGGGUGUAUUGAAGCACGUUUACCACUUUAUGGAAACCAAGUACUCCAGUCGAGAUAUCCGUCUUACUUUUGAAGCUCUUAGGCUACUUUCGAAUCUUCUUUGCCAUCGAUGUAUUCACCUGGAUUUCGUUGAAUCUCAGGGAUUAGAAUUGCUGAUGAAAGUACCGAAACCUUCUGUAGCUUCUGCGGCUGUCAGUGUGGUGCUCUAUUAUACAUCCUAUUUUGAUGAUGCAAUGGAAAGGAUGUGCACGCUGCGUGAAGGCCUCCUUGAGAGUAUCAUGUCCUAUGCACUGUGGCUUGUUGAGUGCUCCCACCCAUCAGCACGAUGCUAUUCUCUCUUCUUUAUCACCAUUGCGCUCUCCUAUGGGGUCUUUUAUCGACUCUUUUCUUCCCGAAACGGACUUCGAUACCUCUUCAACGCCAUGUGCGUUCUGCCUAUCAGGCUGUCAGAAGAUCGCUCAGUAGUCAAUAAAGAUACAACUUCGUGGCAUGUUGUUCGCGCCAGUCUCACGGCACUUCGUCGUUACUUAGAGAUCAGUCUCCUCUCCUGGAUAGACACACUUGAUCCCCAACUUGGGCGCAUUUUCGACGAGCCUCCGAAACUGACUCUUGCAACUGGCAAUCGAUUAGUAAGCUACUCGACAAAUCAGAUGACCCGUCUUAUUUCAAUGGUCGUCACUCGGAUGCGUUCCCACAUUGUCUUUCAACCUAUUCAUGAUCUUGAUUGUUUGGAGGGCAUUCCUCUUCUCUUUCGUGUUAUUGCUCGUAAUGUCUACGCCUACGAGAGUUGGCCCGGCCGAAACGAUUGUACCAGGCUUGCUGUGGAUAUACUCAACAUUAUGUCGCUAUCCUACAACCUCGCUGAAACUAUAGCUACCACUGACGUGUAUUCAUUCCCCAACCGCCCAAGUCACUCCAGGUCUUUGCGGGGACUCAGGAAUCGCAGUGGCGGCAAUCUUUUGCGCGUGUUGCUAGGAGGAGGACGACGGGCCAAUGUUUAUCAGGAUGGUGAUGAUGAUGGUGGUGGAAUUUAUUCAGGGAGCUCGGAGAGUGAAGAUGACUCUGGGCCGGAGGCGGCUGAAUCUACUGCAGAAAAUGUUACAGGGGACAAUAGCAAUCAACAACGGACAUCUAAUAGGGCUCCCUUGCUGCAAGCGAGAUCGAAUUCGAAUCCCCCCGACAAUGAACCUGGGCCACGGCCGAGAAGAACGAAUGCUGAGUCGUCUAGCGAACAAGCUAAUGUCAACGGUUUACUAAUGCUAAUCUCAAUGGUGCGUGACAACGAUCAGGUGUGGGAUGUGAAUGUGCAGAAGGCGAUUCUCUCCUUCAUUGGUAAUCUUGUCUACCGGGCAAUCGAUGAUAGGGAACAUCCUGACCAGCCUAUACUCGCCUCCUCUGUUAUUUCUUCUGCCACUGACCUCAACGAAAGCACCUUCGCUACACCCAAGAACCGGACAAUCAGUAGAAAGCGUAAAUUUGAGGAGUCCUUUGGACCGAACGGAACUGAAACCUCCUUGGUUGAAAUUCCCGACGGUACACCAUGUCGACGCAACAAAACAUCCCCUCCACACACUCCUACGGAACUUCUUCAACAACAGAUGCGUCUUUGGAGUGCUGUUCGACGUCAACAUGGCUUGAUGCUCCUCUUGCAUAAGUUGGAUGUCACUCAGCCAAUUGUUGAAGCUGACAGCAUUAGAACAUUGGCCUGUCGUGGUCUAGUCGGUCUUGCAAGAAGUGAGGAGGUCCGAUCCAUGCUCGCCAAAAUGCCCAUCUUCACAAAAUCUCAACUCCAGAUGUUAAUGAAGGAACCAGUUCUGCCGGAUCGCAUGGUGGAGCACGCUGAGUUCUGUCGAUAUUCUAGCCUUCUGAUGCGUUUGGUGUUGGGCAACAGCAUUUCAGAGAAUGGAGGUUUGACAGACGAUGAUUUGAUAAGUAUGGAUCGUGUGCGUCGGGCCGUCAUUGUUGCAAAUACUCGCAUUCAAUGGGACCAAGAGGAGCUACUUGAAAUCAUUUGGAGGCAUUUGCAGUCCAAGGGUCUACACAAGACAGCCGCUGUACUGCAACAGGAGGCACAUCUGAAGCCGGGAAAUAGCUCAAUGCCUCCACAACUUCCUCUUUUUACUCACGAGGGGGAUUCGGACUCAGAGCCUUCAACGCCAGUUGCCGUGACCUUGAAUCCCGACGAGACUCCCUCAACACCCUCUUUGCGGUUAAGCAAAUUCAAACCCGCCACUGGAUCCGUUCUGAACAGCACAUCCAAGAGUUUUCGAGAUCGAUUGGAGAGGACUCCGGGGUAUAAGCAGCAAAACGCCAGUGGUAAUUUGGCUGUUGGUUCCGCUGUCUCCUCGUCGUCUGUUGCCGUACCUGCUGUGUCUUCAGCGGCGGCCACUUCCGAAUCCAAAGAAGUGACCCUCUCGAAGAUUGUGGAAUCCUAUCUCAUGAAUCAACACGCCCAGUGCCCCCAUCCCCUUUCUGUGUGUCCACUUUUCUCCCUACGAAAGCCACAUCGAUGCCCCGAUCGUCAGAUGGACAACAUUGUCGAGCCAAUCUCCUCUGUGUCCGCAUUUCAUUGGGCCCGGGAGACACUCGUUGGUUGCAAUCGAAUGCGAUGCCUACCCUCGCGUUUCCUCCGCCGCCUCAUUCACAGCCGCUUCAUGCCUAUAUUCACUGUUCGUGAUAUGGACGCUGAUGUCUAUACUUCCGCCGCUUUCGGGGUUAGUUCAUUGUCUCCUCUUCUUUUAUUGAUUUUGCUUUCAGGAGAUCUCCUUAAUCACAUCUUACCACAUCUCUUGUUGGCCAGACGUAGCUAA